AUGAGUGAAUGGACGAUAGCAGAAUGUAAUUCAGCACCAAGUGAAUAUAGGUCGAACAAGGUAAGCAACUACAAUGGUGUUAUGAUUGAUGUUUUUUCAGUCGAUUCUAAAAAAUCUCAUUUUAAUGACGAAAACAAUAAGAACAAGAUAUUAUCAAGUAAACGAAAACGAUAUUUGAGAGCAUCGCGUCCAUUCUUCUGUGAUCUAUUAUUAAGUGUACUGGCAGGUGGUAUAAUAUUAGCUACUGUAAUUACCAUGUGGUCUACAUCUUCAACUAUAACAACAACAGACACCACAACUACCUCGACAACUUCAACUACAGUCACGACAACAACAACAACAACAACAACAACUUCAACAACAUCAAAAACAACAUCGACAACAUCGUCGACAACCUCAACAACAGCAACGACAACGACAUCAACGACUUCGACAACAGUUACAACUUCAACAACUACCACGGUACAAAUGCCUGGAUGGUCGAUCAGUGGAACUAUGAAUUAUGAUCGAUAUUAUCAAACAGACUCUAUAUUAACAAAUGAGAAAAUUUUGAUUGCCGGUGGAUAUUCUACCUCGCUUUAUGCCUUAAGUACUGCUGAAUUGUAUGAUUCAGCAACAUGGAAGUGGACAUUAACUGGAAGUAUGAGUUAUACUCGAUAUAUUCACACAGCAUCAGUUUUAAUCAAUGGAAACGUAUUAGUUGCAGGUGGAUAUUCUACUGCUAUUGGGAGUGUAAACACUGCUGAGUUGUAUAAUCCAUCGACAGAAGUAUGGACGAUCACUGGAAGUAUGAGCUAUGCUCGAUAUGGUCACAUAGCAGCAAUACUAUCAAAUGGAACAGUAUUGAUCGCUGGUGGAUAUUCUUCCACUUAUGGUUAUUUAAGUACUGCUGAAUUGUAUAAUCCAUCAACUGGCAUAUGGACACUUACAGGAAGUAUGAAUUAUGAUCGAUAUUUUGCCACAGCAUCUCUAUUAGCUAAUGGAAAAGUAUUAGUCACAGGUGGAUAUUCUUCCACUUAUGGUGCUUUAUAUACUACUGAAUUGUAUAAUCCAUCAACAGGCGUAUGGACACUUACUGGUAGUAUGAAUUAUGGUCGAUAUGUUCACACAGCAUCUGUGUUAACAAAUGGAAAAGUUUUAGUCACUGGUGGAUAUGAUAGUGGAAUUGAUUGGAAUACUGCUGAAUUGUAUGAUUCAUUAACAGGUCUAUGGACAAUCACUGGAAGUAUGAGUUAUUCUCGAUACCAUCAUAAAAUGGUCGUCUUGAUGAAUGGCGCAGUAUUAGUCGUUGCUGGAUAUGAUGUCACUAAUGGCGUUUUAAACAGUGUCGAAUUAUAUAAUUCAUCAACAGGUACGUGGACAAUUACUACUAGUUUGAGUUAUCCUCGCCAUGCUCAUACGGCAACUGUAUUAACAAAUGGAAAAAUAUUAGCUGUAGGUGGAGUUGGAAUUAGCUCUUCGGAGCUGUACCAACCAUAG